AUGUCUUUCACUAAGUUAAAAUCAAAAGAUAUGGUCCUGACCUACAUUAUGCAGGCAAGCGAAGAAAUUUUUUUUGUGUCAGAUAAGCAUUCUUAUACUGUUGGACGUAAAAAUUGUGACAUUGAAUUAGAUGAAGAUGCUUCAAUAAGUAGAAAGCAUAGCACUAUAUACAUAGCAAAAAAAAUUAAUUGUAGUUUUGAUGUAAAUACUGUCACUGGAGUAUGGAUUGUCGAUGAACAAUCUAAAUAUGGUACUUAUGUUAAAGUAGAUGAAGAAUGGGAAAAAAUCAAAAGUGGUGAGAAGAUAAAAUUAAACCAUGGAAAUAUGAUUAAAUUUGGCUUACUUGACAACAUUUGGAGGUUAGAGUAUACACCUGUAAUUGCAUGUACUUCUGGAAUUCAUGGCGAUGAAAAAAAAUCAAUUCAAGAAUUAUUACAAUAUGUUGAUGGGGAACUUAAAAAUUCCUAUUCAAAUGAUUGUAAUUUGGUUAUUGUUAACGAAAUCACAUUAACAAUCAAAGUUGUUCUCGCUUUGAUUAAUGGAGUUCCCAUCGUCACAUUGGAUUACAUCAAAGAAUUAAUCAAAGCGGUAAAAAAUAAAAGUAUGCAUCCAGAUGUUAAAAAUUACAGGCCAAAUAUUAAAGAAUCAGUAUUGGAUACAUCUUUGGUUUCGUUAGAACCAAACGACAAGAGGCAAGACUUGUUUAAAAAUAAAAUUUUUAUUUUUCCUACCAAAACCCAAUUUGAUACAUUAAGAGAAGUUGUUAUUAGUGCUGGUGGAGAAGCAUAUUUAUUAACCUUAAAUGGAAAUUAUGAUAAAUUAGGAAACAAAAAUAUUGUAGUAAUACAAUUGCCGUCUAAUAAAUCUCAAUUAUCAGAAUCAUUUAUGAAAGAAUUUGAAAGUAUUUGUGGAAGUUAUAUCGGAACCUUGUGUGGUGCCAUGAAUCUUUCUCCUACCAGCGGUGGAUCUGAAUCAAAAAUACUUAAAAGCGAUAAUAAUUUCGGAUUUGAUACAAUUAAAGAUUUAAAUAAAAAAAAAUCAAACGUGGAAAAAGGGAAAAAUGUGACGAAUAAAGACACGAGACCUAAACAAUCAAAGAAAUUUAAUUUAGAUGGAGAACCGCCGAAAACGAAUUUGAAAAAUGGUCGUAUAAGAGAAAUAAAUUCAAAUUUAAAUUGUUCAAUUGAUUUUGGUGGUAAUAAUAACGCCAAAAGAAAAAUAAUAAAUGAUGAAAUAAGUAAUAAUGAUACUUCCGAACCGAAAAAAGCAAAAUUACAAACAAUAGAAAACAACAAAUGUGAAAAUUUUUCGGAAAAUUUAUUUGAAGCAACAACAACAAGUAAUGGAAUCGAUGAAAUAACUCGUAUCCAGGAAAAAUUCGAUGAUUUUUCCGAAGGAUUUUUUGAAAAAGACAAAAGUUUUUCCCAAUCUGGAAUAGUAAGUGAUUUAAACAGUACGAUUUUCGAUAUUAAUUUAAUAUCACAAAUUUAUUUAAACGAAGAUGGAACUUUGAAAGAUCCACCGGAAGUACCCGUCAAUGCGAAAAAAUUUAAAAAGCAAAAAAUACUCACCAUAAGCGAAACAAAUGAACAAUUCGAAAUGGAUUUAUUAAACGAAGGCGGUUGGCUGGAACCUCAUCCUUUGAACUCCAGCGAUAUUUCUUCUGUGGAAGACAAUUACGUUUAUUAA